GCAUGUCACGUGACUGAAAACUAUGAAUUGCUGUUCAAAACGUUGAUUCAAUAUUGGUGUAAGAUCGCCAAACACUACUGGAUCUUCGUUUCUCUGCCAAAGAUCUAGUAAGGUUUGAUCAUGGCGGAUAUAAAACUUUGCCCCCGCUCCUAUCGGGAAUACCUGCUUGCCUUUGCCGCUCUGAGGCUUCACAUCUCCGGCGUAGGCCUAAGCGCUACCGCCGCCGGGGAAAACGCAGCGGUCAGCUGGUGAGGUUGAAAGCCUGUUUAGCGUCUUCUUCCUGGGCUGAGUACCAAGCGGUGCCUCGGCUCCUCAUUCCUCUGCGAUUGCUGGACCCUGUCGACGCCUGGCUCUGAUGAGCUUGUUUGUAAUGUUCUCUAAAGAUGGCUGGAUGAACAUCAUGUAUGAUGGGCUGGAUGCUGUGGGAGUGGACCAACAGCCUGUUUUGAAUCACAACGAAUGGAUGCUGUUCUACUUUAUCACCUUCAUGAUUAUAAGCUUCUUUCUGCUCGACAUGUUUAUUAGUGUAAUGGUGGAGACCUUCCACCAGUGUCAGCAGAAUCAAAAAAGUAGCGAUGGAGAGUUACUUGAAGAGGGAGGAAAAGUCCAGUGCAACAAUCCUGCAGCUACAGAUUCUCCGGGUAGCAGCAGCAACUCGGACCACUUCAUGUCUGUCGUUAUUAUCAGCAAUGUUGUGAUGAUGGGUCUCCAACAUUACAAUCAACCUCCGUAUAUAGGGAGGAUUACAGAGUAUUACUUCUGUUUGGUCACCUUCAUCAUGUUUAUUGAAGUCAUGAAGAACCUUGUGCAGUUGGGCAUAAGGGAGUUCAUAAAAAUGAGUUGGAAUCUACUGGACGUUGCUGUACUCAUGGUUUCCAUCGUCAGCAUUGUUUUGCACCAGAUAAAUAUGGCAGACAUAGUUCCCAUUAAUCCCAGCAUCCUGGGAGUAUGCAGAAUACUCAGAGUAGUACCAGUCCUGAAGGUCAGAAAGAUACGAAUUCUGCUAAAAACCAUCAUAAAGACUCUUUCACAGGUUGGGAAUAUUUGUGUGAUCUUCAUGUUGUCAUUUUAUAUAUACGCUGCGGUGGGAGUGGAGCUCUAUGGCAAGCUACAAUGCAGUGAUGACCACCCGUGCCUGGGUUUACAUGAUGAAGCCAACUUCAGACAUUUUGGGGUGGCCCUGAUCACACUGUACGCCAUAUGCACCGGAGACAACUGGAACGUGAUUAUGAAAGACACACUAAGAGAAUGUCAUCCUGAUGAGCACGGCUGUAUGAGAUACCUUUCCUGGGUCUCUCCGUUGUACCUCAUCAGUUUCGUGGUUAUGGCUCAGUUUGUGCUGGUGAACCUGGUGGUCGCAUCGAUCAUGCAAGCGCUGGAGGACACCAAAGAGGAGGAAGGCCGGCUGUCUCCAGGGGAGAGCGAAAGACCAAGCUCCAGCCACGUCAACGCAGAAUAAAUUGCAGAAUGUUUUUAUCAAUAGUUAUUUAAUAGUUAUUUUAAGUAGAGAUAUUAUCUGUUUAAAUAAACUGUUUAUAUUAGAUUUAAUGUCACACGUUUGUUUAGAUGGCAAUUGCUUUAAUUAUAGUAUUUUAUUAGUGUUUUUUAAAUUGCAGAAUGUUUUCAUCAAUAGUUUGUUAUUUUAAGUAGAUAUUAUCUGUGUAAAUAAACUGUUUAUAUUUUAUUUAUUGCCACACGUUUGUUUAGAUGGCAAUUGCUUUAAUGAUAGUAUUUUAUUAGUGUUUUUUAAAUUGCAGAAUGUUUUCAUCAAUAGUUUGUUAUUUUAAGUAGAUAUUAUCUGUGUAAAUAAACUGUUUAUAUUUUUCAUUUUUUGCCACACGUUGUUUAGAUGGCAGUUGCUUUUAUUGCUUUAUUUUCAUGUUUACGUUCAAUAAACUUUGUAUAGAUGUUGUUUCCUUUGUAUAAAUUUCUGAAAUUAUUUUUUGAAUAAAUGUAUCCAACUUUACACCCCAA